CCGCCUCUCCCAUCACUCGCCUCUCCUCCCCACUCUCUCCUUCCUCCUCUGCUGGAACGCACCGAAUCUUGUGUGCUUGGAUCCUACUCGCCUCCUCCAGCUGCAGAACGGAACCUCGCUCCGCUCCUCCUCCGAGACGAGUCUCUCAGACGCUUUGCUCUCGCUGGAUGCUGGCGACCAGAUCUCACAUUGGACCAGUGGACGCACAGGACUGGAACUGCUGAUUCGUCUUCAUGUGGACGAGAUAGCGAUAACGCAUUCUGCAUUGCCAACAUCUUCUAAAUAUUGAGGUUCAUCUCCAUCCAGACCAGGACCCAAGCAGAGGUGCUUGUUACUUCCUGCAGCCAGGUAGCGCUGACACAUGCAUCAUCGUUGAGCUGCACAAGUCCAAGGUGCUGACCUAACCGCUGACACCCUGCCUGUAACCUCGAAGGACGUCCCACUCCAGCGCUAAACUGUGAGGAGCAGAGAGACGGCGUUUCAAUAACUCCUCGUCACCGCGUGUGAUUUGAUGUGCAAGUUUAUUGCCCUGUGAGCUGACAAGCUUAUUUGAAGAUUGCCAGGUUCAUUGCAGGCGACGGCACCCGAGAGAAGUAAUAUCCUGAGGAUCAUCUCACUCACUCACGCAAGACCGACUGGCAGUUCUUCCUGCUCCGGGGACUGUGGGGACGUGGCCUCGCCGGGGGCCAUGACUAGCUGCUGGCGGGACCGUCUCCAGAACCCUAAAAUGGGGACAGGCACCAUGCAGGAAGCCAGGCUCUAAUCAUUGUGACGCCGACCCGUCCGCUCACCUUUAUCUCCGCUGGGAUUUGGGAUACUCCUGAACUGUCCGCCCUUUGAGAUACUCCACCGACACUCAUUUCCUCUUCCUCUUGACCUUUUUUUACUAUCCCAACAAUGGUGGACAAGCUCCUCUUCCUCCUCCUCCCAGCGUUGCUGUUUCUGCAGCUGCCCGACGCUGUGAGAGGAGACUGCUGGCUGAUCGAGGGGGACAAAGGCUACGUUUGGCUGGCUAUCUGCAGUCAGAACCAGCCCCCCUACGAGACUGUCCCCCAGCACAUCAACAGCACGGUUCACGACCUGCGUCUGAAUGAGAACAAACUGAAGGCCGUGCUCCUCACCUCCAUGUAUCGCUUCACAAAUCUCACCGACCUGAACCUCACCAAGAACGAGAUCAGCUACAUCGAAGAUGGAGCCUUCGCCGGGCAGGCCAACCUUCAGGUUCUGCAGCUGGGCUACAACAAGUUGACCAACCUGACAGAGGGCAUGUUACGAGGACUGGGUCGAAUGCAGUGCCUCUUUCUUCAGCACAACCUCAUCGAGGUCAUUGCCACCAAUGCCUUCUGGGAGUGCCCCAGCCUCAGCAGCCUGGACCUGUCGUCCAACAAGCUGGCCCGCCUAGACCCGUCUACCUUCACCGCCCUCAACCGUCUGAUGGUAUGUGAGCUGGCCGGAAACCCCUUCCACUGCGGAUGCGACCUCUACAGCUUUCUCACCUGGCUGGAGGCGUUCAACAACGUCACUCACACCUACGACCGCCUUCAGUGCGAGACCCCUCGAGAAUUUACAGGAUAUCCCCUCCUGAGCCCCUUGUUGGGACAUGGGAGGAACGCCAGAGUCAUCCUUUCAAACAGGUGUCAAGAUGGCGUAAUCAUUCCAGGCAUGUCGUCCAUCGGACCGGAACUGGAUGGCUCUGGCAUGGGUCUAGACAACCCGGACUCCGGCUUGUACCACCAGCCGAACUUUGCGUCCACCCCCGAUCCCACCUACAACCAUCAAAUCUCCAUGAAGCUUAAGACCGUCUCUUUCUUCAGCGCUUCUGUCAUGGUCCAGAUACCGAAACCCUAUAGCAAGAUGUACGUCCUGUCACAGUACAACAACACCUUUGUGGCGGACGUCAUGCCCCUUAAGACCAUGAAGGAGAACAUCAAUUUGGAUAAACUGCGGCCACACACCAACUACACUUACUGUGUGGCGUCCGUCAGCAAAUCCCAGCGCUACAACCACACUUGCUUGUCCUUUACCACGCGGGCGAUGGGGCUAGUGGACCCCCGAAGCAAUUCGUCCACCACGACGCACUACAUCAUGACCAUCCUGGGGUGUCUCUUCGGCAUGGUCAUCGUGCUCGGGUGUGUCUACUACUGCUUGAGACGACGACGCAUCCAGGAAGAGAAGGAGAAAGCUCUGAGUGUCAAGAAAACCAUCUUGGAGAUGAGGUACGGCCCAGAGGCGGCGGCGGCAGUGGCCAACAAUCCAGCCGCCAUGCAGCGCCUCCAGGAGCAAGCCCACCACCAGCACCACCACGGAGGGGGGACGGGGAGCAAGCUUCCCCCAUCAGCAUCCUCGAGCACGGGCAUGCUCCACAGCUCAGCAAACACCACCUCCUCCCGCCUUUCCAGCUUGCCCCAGGUGGAGAAGAUGGCGUCCGCCUUUUCUGAGGCAAUGGCCGGCAAGGGGAGCUACAUGGACGUGAGGACUGCAGGAGGGAUGGUUGAAAGCAGAGAGGGAGAGAUGUUGACCAGUAGUCCAGGAGGGGAGGUAGGCUUGGACUUGAGAAGUGGGGCUGAAAAUGGGACAGACGUGGCAGAGGAUUCUGACGAUGAUGGCCGUGGAUCCGCCUCUGAGAUCUCCACUAUUGCCAAGGAGGUGGACAAGGUGAACCAGAUCAUCAACAACUGCAUUGAUGCCCUCAAACUGGAUGCCUCCGCUAAUGUCACCACCACGGCCGAUAACAACCCAGUUUCCACUGCCCAGCCUCAAGUUUGCAUGGCGUCACAUCCACGGAAUCUCCUACCCCUCUCGCCAGGUGACCAAAUCAUGGCCUCUUCCCCAAAGGUGCACCCAAAGUCUCAUCCUCAUCCUCAGGCUCAAGCCCAGCCUCACCCUCAGCUUCACCAGAAGCCUCUUCCUCCCUCUAUGGCCCCUGUACCCCUGGUGAUGCCCCUGUCUGAGCGGCCAGGCAUCAGUGGUGGGGGGUUCCUCUCCCCUCCAUACCGUGACCCACCCCCUGCCAAUGCAGUGCGACCCCUUCAGAGGCAGUUGAGCGCUGACACUGCUGUGACGAAGAACCGAUGUGGUGGCCCUGCUGGGGGAAUGGUCAAGAGCGGCAGGGUUUUCAGCAUGGAUGUUCCAGAGCAGCGCAGCGAUCCGCCCAAGUACCCGUCGGAAAAAAGCAGCCCUCUUGGCUGUGGCAGGAGCGGAGGUGGAGUAGGGGGCUGUAAUGGCAGUGGAAUGGGGAGCGUAAAUGGUGGUGGGGUGAGCAUGAAUGGCGGUGGCAUGGCGUGUAGUAACAACAGUGGAGGUCGAGGUGUGGCAGCUGGUCAGCAGCAGCAGCAACCGCAGCCGCAGCCGCAGCACCACCACCUGGAAGUUCAGCCCGACUACCACAGCUCCGAACACCGGCAUUCCUUUCCUGCUCUCUACUACGAGGGCGGCAGCGAGUCGCCGUCACCGGCGCAAAAGGCAUCUUUCCUCAAGCCACUGGGGCGCUCCAAGAGGGAUGCCACGGCCGCUUACUCCCAGCUCUCACCCUCUCGCCACCACCACUACAACUCGGGUUACUCCUCCAGUCCUGAGUAUUCCUCCGAGAGCACACUGCGGAUCUGGGAGCGAUUUCGCCCUUACAAGAAAAGCCCCCGAGAGGAGGCGUCCUAUAUAGCGGCGGGCCACGCCCUGCGUAAGAAGGUGCAGUUUGCGAAGGACGAGGACCUUCAUGAUAUUUUAGACUACUGGAAGGGCGUUUCUGCCCAACAGAAGCUGUAAGCAGAGUUGAAUCAUUUAAGAAAAGGUUGGAUACCAACAGCAGACUGUAACGUUUUGGUGUUAAUGUAGCAGGACGCAUUUUCUCUCAUUUUUCCCGAACUGGGGGCUCAUUUUCCUGUUGGAGGGAGAGUUUGAGGUAUAUAUUUUCUUUUAAAAGGUUUCUUUUUCGGAUUUGAUUUGAGGAGAAUUGAGCUAGACUGCCUCCCGCUGGGCGCUUUGGUCCUUGCAAGGCAACCUGCUGAAUCAAACACUGAUGAGCUAACAAAGGUGAAUUAAAGAGAAAAAAACUACCUCAUUACUGGCACAGUGCAGCCGAGCUAUCUCGCCACAAGCAGCCGCCUUUUCCUGGCUUAAGCCCGCACUCUCUUCUCCCCUAAUUCCAUCAAACCACCAUUCACAAAACAAUCAUCGCACGCCACCACCAGCACCUGCUCUCCUACAGAAGCGGCAUUUAGGGAGAUAAUGAGGCAGCGGAGUAAGGAAUUAAGCAGGUUUGUUUUAGAAUAGUCCGGCUCUUGUGCGGGGAAGGGACAUGAGGCGAUACUUAUCAGGCUAAUUGUUCUGGCUGGCAAAUAGCCAGCAUAGAAGCAGCUCGGGGAGGCUUUGUGCGGCGUAUCGAUUGGGAAAAACACCUAACGGCAUAUGUUCGGCCGCGUGUGGGCAUGUCACUGAUGAGGAGGGUUAUGUCGUCCAUUACUAUCGACAUCCUCUGUGCUAGCAAAGUGGAUAGCUUAGCAGAACUGUUCUGCAUGCUGAUAACAGCCAACCCACUAAGGUUGAGGCAAACUCUUCCGAGGCCUGAAGGCGUCGUCGUGUCUGUUGCUGUUCCUUAUUUACGUGUGAAGCAUGUUUCCUUUAAAAAAAAAAAAAAAAAAAAGCUAUGAAGAAGGAAAUUUACAUCUGAAUAGCUGGAGCCACGCAGAUAGGACACGAGGGUGUGUUGUCAAGCCAGGUGUUAGCUCUCAUUUUAAAGAAGUUGGUAAUCACAUUUAGGACUACACAGCUUGAUUGAAUUGCUCCUGUAUCUUACUCCCAAUAUAAAAAAAAGAAAUGGAUGAUGCAUUUUCCCAACUCAAGGCUAGGCUGCGUUUAAAAAAAAAAAAGAAAGAAAGAAAGUAGAGUAGCAGUGCAGCAAGAUAAAAUGGAGCUCAAGUGGAGUGAAGGCCUGAGUGGUUGCUCUACCUCCAACACUGUGUGUUUUUGUGUGUAUGUGUACACACAAGCUUGCUGCGGACCAAAGUGCCCUCGGGAGGUUGGAUUUCAACACUUUUCUGGGGUUGUCACUUUUUCUUGGACACUUGCAUUUUCUCUCUGGUUUGAGUUCCGACAUUCACAAGCUAUAAGCACAAUUCAGUUGGAAGUGCUCUUUUAUUUUCCCCUCACUUUGAUGGAAGCCUAAAAAGCUAAGAAUAAAACAGCAACACCGUCUGUGCUUGAGCGCCAAUGAAUCUGAGAUGUUUUGAUGAAAAGUAUUUUGGGAUUUGCUGCAGACAAAGUUGACAAGCUAAAGGAAAACCCUAAAAGGGACGUUCAGAAAGUGGUGAGAGGUUGACAGUUUUUUUUUUUUUUUUUUUUUUUUUACCAGAAAGCAUCAUGACAGGAAACCUUGUGGAGGUUUUUCUGGGGUUUUCUUUUACUUUGUCACUCUUCAGUAGUUUUAAUACAAAGAACCAGAGCAGAAAGACCAGAACAUAAAGAAAAGACAAUUCCCAGACAGGCAAAUAUGACAAAAUAUGACCAAUAAGGUGGACUACUACUUAAAAAAGAUGGGGUUUAAUUAAUUGGAAAACCUUCAAAACUACAAAUUACGACAAAGCUAGUCAGCAGGCACAGCAAAAGUACCGCUCUGAUUUUUGUUCCUGCUCCUACAUUUGUGCAGCCAGUUGUUGCUGGGCAGAUUUAGUGGGGCACUCUCAUUUUUGCCCCAUAAAGACCAGCAUCCCCAUCUGCUGGAUAUGGUGGGUCACUGUGCCCCUACUUCCCACUGACCCUUAGCUGAAAAGACUUUGUAUAGUCUUUCUUCAUAAUGAAAAAGUGACAUCCCUACAAGUUGCUGUUUGGAGAAGAAGCUAGCUCCAGUCAGAGGGAACGACAGUAGCAAUUGCCUUCAAUUCAUUGAGGUGUUUCCUAUUUUGCGUUGUGUUGUAAUGACGGUUUGUCCCAGUUAGCUUUCUUGUGCUUUGUUAGUAUUUUUUGUUGAUGUUGCAUGCACACUUUGACAACACAAGAGGCCCAAAUGCUGUCAAAUUUUUGACUGUAUGAAUGUUCUGUAUACUCAAGGCUGGCCAUGGAGGGAGUUCUCACUGCUGCUGUCUCUACGGGAACCCCUGCGCCCCCCCCCCGCUCCCAUACCUGCCGGCUGCUUGGACGUAGUCAAUACCAGAGCAGCCAAAGUCACGCUAACCUUCCAGAGAAUGUGGCCGCUCGUUUGUCACGCCGUGACACGCUAUAUGUAAUGCCGCCAUCUAAUCUGAGCCUGAGAGGCGCGGACCUCCUCCAAGGCCGUUAGCUCACUCCCACUGCCCACGGGAGACUUGUAAAUUCCCUCGCAUUAAUGUAUAUUAUCUCGGCAAAUUUAUGGAGACGUCAAAACAUAGCUUAUCUGCCAUGUUGAACAGUACAUCCACCCCCGUCAGUCGACAUGCACCACACAGUGUAGCCGUUAAAAGGUGAUCAUGCCAAACAGUGAGCAUGUUACCUGCAUAAAGGAAGCCUUCUCUCUAACAACUGAUGUAAGGUACACAUUUUUUUCUGUCCAAGGUAAUUAGUGAGUGAUUUUUCACAGGCUGAUGUGCUUUUGUGUCAGGUCAGACAGGCGUGCCUGUAUGAUGAACUCUGCCCAAUUGAAAUGAAUGAUGACUGUUCUCAGCCUCCCACAAGCUCCUCCAAAGGCCCGUCUUACUUAUUUACCCCUCAUAACUUACCAGAAUGGGACACAAUUGAGGGAUUAACCCUGAAGUCUGUAGACAGGACACAUGAGAAUAAGAAUUUUUUAAAAAUUCUAUUAGACGUACCUCCUUUACUAUUAACAGCACGUGAGGUCAGAUUAAGAUGUACUUUUUCCGUGCGAGAGCCAUGGACUCGGACUUGGAGGUGCUGAUUCUCUUACGGCUUUUAUUUCCAGUUUAUUUUCUUGUCAGCAAGAAUAAUGACGGCACACACGUUCAUUAAAGACAUUACACAGGCUGUAGAAAGUCAUGGUGUAUCAUAAAUCUCUCUGCAAACAUUAUACUGGCGACAUGCGGACAAACAGAAACAGCCACGCAACCCAGCUUUUGAGGGAUUGCCUAUUCAGGUGUGAGGCUUGGCUUGCCGCUGCCUCAUCUUGGGUUUCUGGCUAGUAUUUCAUCGGGAAAUGUGCAAAUUCAGCAAUUUUUACUGAAAAUGUUAAAAAUGAUACAGAAUACAUACAGAAAAUACUUUGAGAACACAGAUUAAUGGAUAAAUAUACGUCAUUCCAGGUAUGCCAGUUAGGCAAGCUACCUAUAACACAUAUAAUCUUUACAAAAUGAGUGUUUUGUUGUAUUUCUGUUAUCAUGUUAACAGCUUUUCAGUUAUUUUUGCGCUUGUAUAAUUGAGCAGUUUGACCCUGGACCAGAUUAUUGAAGAUUGGUUCCAUAUCUGAACAAAACGAGCGUGACUGACGUGUAUUAAUAUCCCAGUGACCUUUACUAAUUAUUUCAUCAGACAAUAAUUAUAAGACACCAACAGAAACAAGCCAAUAUUUUUCAUUUUUAAUCUGACACAUAUUUAUAUUGAGUAUCGUUGGGAGUUUUUUUCCCCUUUGACUUUUCUCCACCAUCAAUCCAGCAGGCCUGAUAGUGUUUUCAAUGCCAUGUCAAAGGCAUGUCAUUACCAUGCUACAGGAUCAAUGUCUGGUUGGGCGGGUCCACAGAAGAACAAUGCUGAUAUCCCCCCGAGGCGGUCUGUCGGACAACCUCAAAGGCGGAAGGUUCCGCUGUGGCCUUUUGCUCUGCUUAAAGGAAACGCGAAUCAAUUAGUUUUAGAUUAGCACCACGGGCCAUGCAUAGAUGGAGCCUUCUGAAUAUAAUAGCUUCAUUAGGAAGAAUGGAGGAGAUGUGUAAGGGGGGGGGUGGUUACCUACCUGUGUAUACCCUGAAGGCUUUCCUUUCGAUGUAACGUUAGCUCAGUUAUUCACAAGCACACCGAGGACCAUAAUUCAUGGGACUCAUAACAGCCCAGUGUUUUUAUCUGAGCACUCCUUAUUUAAAAGCACCACACUUUAUAUUUAAUUGACUUGCUCUAUAACGUUUUAUCGUGCUCCGACACAAAUUACCACUCUUUUAGUGGGAAUGUUCGCCCCCGCCACGGUGUGCUAAGUUGUACUUGUAGACAAAACCUCUCACAGACAAUCUAUGGAAGUCCAUUUGGGUCAAAAGUAAUCAUGGCCGUCGUUUCCUCUGGAGGUUGACGAUUUGUUAUCUUCAACUUAGAGGGAAUUUUUUCGUUUUUAGCUUUUCGUGGAUGUGUUGGGAGAGCCCCUACCCCCGGAGAAUUAACUUUUUAUUAAAGAAAAGCCCAGUUACAGCUUACAAACUGCUUGCCGCAAUAUUUGUUGCCAGGUUUUGUAGCGUUUCAAAGUUAUUGGAAACACAAAUCACCUGUCACAUAUCCCGGAGCGAGACUCCUUAGGGCUGUUGUGGCAAAGAAAGCCUAGACCCCCGAUGACACCCUGGAAGCAGCAGUGAGGUCUCCUUGCCUCCUUGUUUAAUUGAACUUUUACGUUGACUUUUGUUUUGACGCUGUAAAGCGUUUUACGGACACAAGCUGACAUUGAGGACUGAGCCCAGGAGCACUCUCCUCCUUUUUCCCUGCUUUCCUUUUCCUUUCCUCUCAACAGGUUAAUGGAACACAAUAACCAACGCUUUGAACAUGAGGGAGACGAUGGGACAUAAAUGAAGCAAUGACAGAAAAUCAUCCAAGAAUUCGAACUCUAACUACUAUCACAGAAAAUCUAUUUAUGUUGAAGACAUGACAUACCAUGUCAAUGUUCUGACUCUUUUAUUUCAUCUUCAGCACAUUUCAGAGGCUGCAGUCGGGUGCAAUUAGAUGUAUUUCUGUGCUGUCGUGCAACAAGGUGGAACAGUGCUGCUAUCCAAGACAGGGAUGAGGAAGACUAACCAGGGCUUGGCUGGGAGUUCAUCCGGAACCUACCCUUGAGAGUCUGCUGCAGCUUUGCCGGAUGAAUGUGCAUUGGAUGUUUUUUUUUUCCAUGAGUGAGUCAGGAAAGCAAUGAAACAAUGUCACUCCAAAUACAAUGCAGGCUCAAAAGUAUUGGGACCCAGCUCUUAAUCAGUGACUGAAUCAAUCAGAUGUUGGACUAGAGUCCUCUCAAUCUUAAUUCUUCAUUUCAGCAAGAUAUUUUGGAUGGCAUGGGUCCGACUUUCCCUCAGAGAGACACUCCUAUAUCUUGUAGAAAGUCUUCCCAGAAGAGUGGAAGACGGUUCCCAGUACUUUUGUACAUUAGCUUAGCCUGGUAAAUCUGCCAUCUCUGCAGAACGAUUUGCAAAUAUGUCUUAAAUCUGGACAGGCAAAGUCAACCAGACAAUCGUUCAUGUUUUAAAUGUUUGAAUGCUGACUUCCUGCAUUGAGCAAUCCGAAAUAUCCAGAUCAUAAUCGUCGACAAAGACUCCCGCCAUUGUCUUUCUCUGAUCCGAUACAGUUAUUGGUUUGUAAAAUUGGUCAGUUCUUCAUCUGGAUCUGUUUAUUUUGAAGAAGUUGAGCUGAGGAGUCACGAAAAACGCCCUCUUGUACUUGUGAUGAACUAGUGAGUGGAGUGGCUAAAUUAAAGGGUCCCUGACAUGAUUCACCUAAUUAGCUUGAAUAUAUAUUGUUUGUGAUUAUGUUCUACAUUGCUUGAUUUCAGUAAAUCCGCAAAAAUGACAUUUGUAGUUCAUGGUGCCAGUCAUGACAAACUAGUUCUCGCAGCUCAGCGUCAUUUCCGGUUGUGACGUAAUGAGGGUAAUAACACUCAGCUAAAGCAGCGUAAACAAACGCUUCUUGGAAAUAGAUCAUCGACUUAGUUCAGUAUUUUCUUCAGCAAAAUAGUAGUCAUGCCAAAAUGUUAUGUUGCUGCUGGAUGUUCACAGUUUCCGAAUUAUACUGUAAAGUUUGCUUUCUUUUUCAAAAGACGAAGGUUUCAGACAAGAUUGGACGAAGCAAGUGCAGAGAACAAGAGACAGAUGGACGCCUAUCCCCAGUUCUGUCCUUUGCAGUAAUUACUGACUGCUUCGAAGGAACACCUUUACAAGAAGCAUUUGGCUUGAAAGUAUGGUAUAAGCACAUUUUGAAAAAGUAUGCUAAUUCCACCGGUACACAGGAAAAAACAUCAAUGAAGAACAACCACUACGUCAAAGAGAGUAAGUCAUGUCUUCGUUAGUUAAUGUCUUCCAAACACUUUUCCACGAUAGUGACAAGGCUGCAAAGCAUUAUACAUGUUACAUAAACAUCUUUUGACAGCGAUAUGUUUACUGGGGGGGGGCCUCCGGGCACCGGCAGCGAUGAUGAUCAUUCAUCGUCGACUUGAAAGCACAUGUACAUUAAAACAGGCUAUAAAAACCCCUUUAAGUAGAGAAGCCGAUUUAAAACAACAAUUCAAGGAUAAGCAACUCCAGAGUAAUUUACACUUACCAUUCUCUGUUUUGAAGGCGACCAAUCCCAAUCUCCAUGUCUUAAGGUUUAAGUCCCUGUUCUGCAAGUUCUCUAUUUAAUCUCCAAAUGUUUCUUCCUCCUCAAACUACUGACACAUCACUCAAAUCUUCGCUGUAAUCACUGUAAACAUCCUCUGUCUCGUACACCGCCAAUUUUUUGUGGUAUUACCCUGAUUACGUCGCACCCGGAAAUGAGGCUGAGCAGUGAGAACUUGUUCGUCAUGGCUCAGGCCAUGAACUACAAAGGUCAUAUUUGGGAAUUUACCUUUCAAUAAAUGGUACAAUGUGGAACAUAAUAUAAACAAUAUAUAAAAUAUUCAAGCAAAGUUGAUUAAUCAUGUCAGGGACCUUUUUAAAAAUAAUAACAAAAAUUACAAAAGUAAUUACAACUCCAUACGUGCAAAACCAAAGAUCAAUGGUUCCAUCUGUUUGUUGCCAGUAGUUGCGGCCACCUUUCAUUUAAUUAUCCAUCAGAUGAGGCUAAGGUUGGUUUGCUGAGUUUGAUUUCUUUAUACUCGACCAAAUAAUGAAGAGUUUGAUUAGAAUGGACAAAAGCGUCCUUAGACAUUUCAUUGAACUCACUGAACUCUCAGACUAGAGCUGUCCUAUCUAGUCUUUGAGCAUGAAGUGAUGAAGCCUGCUCGGAUGAGAGACGAAACGUCUUCUAAGACAAACUACUGAACAGUCCAGUUGCGAUCGAUUCAAUGCCCUGAGAACUCACUGAACUCACUUAACAUAUUUCCAUUGGAUUCACAUUCAUUCCGACAUUCAAAUGAACAUCUAAGAGUUUCUUCAGCAUUUACGGAGGUACUCGUGCCUUAAACCACUUCAACCACUUUGCUUGACUCUGCCAGUCCUGAAACGCCCAAGUGGGUGCCACAAAGACGGACUUAAAUUGACCUUGAACUUCUAGCCACCCUGGAUUGUCUUCGUGAAAGCAGAAUUUUGUAAGUCUGCUGUUGAGGCUGACUGACUCGAUUUAUUCAUUCUUUGGCGGGUUGAUGUGAUUUUUGGGAUGACAACUGAGCAGGAAUGACAACAAAGACAAACAAGCAAAACUGGAGGAGUUUUUACCGGAGGCCAACUGUGACACAAACACACACACACACACACACACGUAGAGAAAUAACAAGUGUACUGUUUGUGCUUGACUAGAUUAGAGUUGCACUGUAACGACGUGAUGAUAUGGGAGAACACACAACCUCCCCUUACACACACACACACACACAUUGACUCCUGCCUAUGUCAAGUACAGACUGCAUAUUUAUAUUCACGUUUACAGAUACUACGAUCUUAAAAGUGCCAAAAGGGCGAGUUUUGCAGAAGCGGUGUGGAUCCAAACAUCUGUAGAAAAGAGUUCAGUGUCUUUUCUUUUUAAAGUGGUCACAUAUCCUUGUGUUUUCGUGACACUUUUUUUGUAUUUUCAGUGCUGUCGAUCACGAAUGUUGACACAUGCUCCUCAUGGCUCCCUCUGGUAGCAAUUUAACCCAAACAGAAGCUCAAUUAAGAAGGUCCGCUUGUCGCCUGCCAGCCAUCCGUACACGCCACAAAAAAGGACCACAUGCAACCACAUCUUCAAAGCGUUAUUAAUUAAUUUGCCUUUCAGUCAGACAGCCUUUUCAAUCACACACACUAGGCUGUACAUUUUACCCUGUCGGAUCUUAAGGAGGUUCUAAGUAAAGCUUCAACAUGCAAAAAGAUGAAAUGGGAGUGAGACAAAAAAAAAUAAAAAUGGAGUGAGCAUUUUUUUGCAAACAAGCAUUGAAGUGAAAUAGGCUAUUCAUCAGACCUUAGCUCAAAAAAUCCUUGAAAACCCUAGAGUAUCUAUCCAUCCAUUUUCUAUGGGUUGCGGGGGUAUGCUGGAGCCUAUCCCAGCUGACUUUGAGCGAUAGGCGGGGUACACCCUGGACUGGUCACCCCUAGAGUAGAAAUGAAAAUUUGCAAAAAUGAGUCAGUAAUGCUAAGUUACGCCAUUCUUGUUAAUCAGCUGAAAAAUGGGUUUGGGCAUGCUUGAUGCCAGUGUUUCCAGGAGGUUAGUGGGUAUGUUGCUCCAGGUGGUGAAGAUGGCAUCACGGAGGGCAUUCACUGUCUGGAACUGAUGUCCAUCUUUGUAAACUUCCCUUGCCAUCCAUCCCCAAAUGUUCCCCAUUGGAUUUAGAUCAGGCGAACAUGAAGGAUGGUCCAAAAGAGUAACCUUAUUUGUCUGGAAGAAGUCCUUUAUCAGGCGGGCAUUGUGAAGUGCAGCAUUGUCCUGUUGAAAAAAACACUCAUUAUCACACAGACGAGGGCUUUCAGUCAUGAGGGAUGCCCCCUGCACCAUCUCCACAUAACCAGCUGCCGUUUGACACCCCUGCACAACCUGAACCUUCAUUGUUCCAUUGAAGGAUCACGAUGGCGCCCCCUCCACUGUGCCGUGUGGAAAACAUCUCAGGUGGAAUCUCCUUUUCAUGCCAGUAACGUUAGAAGCCAUCAGGACCAUCAAGGUUACAUUUUUUCCUCAUCAGAGAAUAAAACUUUCUUCCACCUUUCAAUGUCUCAUGUUUGGUGCACUCGUGCAAAUUCCCAAACGGGCAAUUUUGAAGGAGAAGAAGCCUUUGAAGGUGUUUUUUUUCUUCUUAAAAGCCUUUUCUGGAAGAUGCCGUCGGAUGGUUAUUGGACUGUACUCGGCACCAGUAACAACCUUCAUUUGGGCCGAGGCUGGUCCCGUGUCUUGAUGGACAGCCUAUGGGAUCCUCCGACUCAGGGCCGUUGACAUUUUUUGGGGGGUCUACCACUUUUUGUUCCAUAACCAUCAGGAUCUUUGAAGAAGUUUCAAAAGACUGUCUUACUGCGUCCAACCUCAGCAGCUGCGAGAGGCCUUGCUUAUGCAGCUCAAAAGAGAGAAAGCUUGUUUGCCUUUGCCACCAAGAGAUCAUGACAGAAAAUGACAUUGCAUUCAUAUUUUUGCCAACAAAAUUAGAGGAAUAAGCUCACUCUUUUGGACCAUCCUGAGUGUUCCCCUGAUCUAAAUCCAACUGAGAACAUUUGGGGAUGGAUGGGAAGGAAAGUUUACAAAAAUCAGUUCCAGACAGUGGAUGCCCUCCGUGAAGCCAUCUUCACCACCUAGAGCAUCAUUCCCACAUCAUUCACACUUUUUGGAAAAUUUCAUUCUAUUUUCGAGGGGUUUCGUUUUUUUUUUUGUUUUUGUUUUUUUUAGGUAUUGUCUUGAGCUUUUGAUCAGCUGUAAAGGUCUUAACAUUUUGAUCAGGAAUGUAUAACAGUGUGGAUGCAAACAACGUGUAACGUUUCACAUUACAACCAUACACUGUACACCAAGUGAUUUUCCUCACUGAAAGUCUAAUUACACACGUGACUGCGUUUUCAGUCACCCACAAGAUGUUCCACAGAUGCUUUGUCAUCUCAUCCUCGCCUGACUAUUGAAAAGACAUUGGAGUCUACAUGCGUUGCUGCGAUACACUCGCAGUCAGAACACCAUUGUAUUUAUAUGAGAUGUAAGACCGUUUUUCAUGGAUUACAGAAUCUAACUUCUCACACUGAUGUUGUUGCUUCCCUGGACAAUCAAAAAAAAACUUCUGAUUGGACUUCCUUUUUUUUAAGACUGCUGUCUGGAUGGUCAUUGAUUUAGGAAUACUACACCUGGAUGGUUUCUGGUGUUGGACUAUACAAACAAAACUCUUUCUGGAUAGUCAUCAGUUUAGGAUGAUAGGUACUAGGUUUGGAUUAAAUAGUUUCGCUUGUCUUAAACCAAUGACAAUCUUCAAAUCGGAUGGUUGUCGGAGGACUGUAAAAACAAGGCUCUAUCUGGACAGUCAUUGGGUUAAGAUUAUAGAUACUCCAUUUGGACUCCAUGGUCAUUGGUCUAAGCCCAGCGGAACUAGUUUUUGGAUGGUUGUUGGUGUAGGACAGGGGUCGGCAACCUUUACCAUCAAGAGAGCCGUUUGUCUUCCUCUUCCAGUCAAAAAAAAAAAUUGUCUGCAGCUGUUAUCUUGUUUCAAUUGUACUUGUUGCAACAACAAAAUUCAACUAACAGAAAUGCAGUGAAAUCAUUGAAAUACUUAACAAUGUAAGCCUUUUUGAGUGGUUCUUGUAUUUGUGUAAAAUCAAAACAAAGCGUAGCCAACUUUAACAGAGUUCUCAUACCUGCAUAUCAGUGUAGUAUGCUCAAUACCGUUUACGCCUGCUCUGAAUUCAUGUCAUUAAUUUGCCUACUUGUGAUGUUUGUCGCCAUUCUAUUGGUCCUGUUCUUGACUGUCUUAGAGAGGCAUUUUUAAUUUUCUGAAUAAUUUCCUGUUUAUUUUUUAAUUCAGAGAAUAGAUGCUCAGAUAUUUUUAAGAGUGAUUCUUUCAUGUAUUCUCCAUCUGUGAGCAGCUUCCCCCUUACGAUCUCAUGUGCAGCUCAGUGUUGCCAACUUGGCGACUUUCCAAACCCUCUUAUCCUCUCAAAAGCGACUAGCAACAAAUGUAGGGCCUUUUCCUGGAGUCAUUGGAGACCUUUCUGGUAUUUGGAGACUUAAAAGUGAAAAAGUAUUGUUGCGCGGUUGCUGCCGAGAGGUCCGCCCUGUCCCAAAACAGUCACAAGCGGACAGUGCACAGUCACUUCCCGUGGCAAACUACGUGUCUCUCCGGGAGUCACCACCUCGACGAUUAAUGUCAAGGGCUCCGAGCACAGAGCUGCAGCGUGCUCAUCGUUACAAAGGCUGAAGAGCAACAAUGCUAAGCCAGGAACCGCAGGUUGCCGACCCUUGGCGUAGGACUAUAGAAUCAAUCUCUAUCUGGACGGUCAUCAGAUUAAGACGAUAGCUACUAGGUUUGGAUUGGAUGGUCACAAAAUUGGCUUCUAACUGGAUGGUUGUUGGUGUAGGACUAUAGUGACAAGCCUCUACUGGAUGGUCAUCAGUUCAAGAUGGACAUGGGUUUUUAAGACCAUAAAAAAUAACGUAUGACUGACAGGUUGUUGGUUCGACAUUAGCUUCUGAGUAUAUUGCCAUUUUAAAGAUUUCUAUGUGGAUGUUUUUUGGUUCAAAAUUAAUAGAAGGGUGUGUAUGUGAAUGUACAUGCACACUGAAUGAGUUGUUCUUAUACUGUCAUCAUUUCAGAGUAAAACACUCCUGGAAUGUCUUCAAGCAAUCAUGCAAUGAACAACCUUUGGUGUGAUGUCACAUACCCCCUCACCCCGGCUGUCUCUUCCCCCAGCAGAUCGAUUGAUUAAAAGCAGUGGCAGCAGUUGCCGGGGGCGACAGGGAGGAAGAGUCAAGGUUGCUAGGUAGCAGAUAAGAACACAAGAUCUCAUUAACUGCCUUUCAUGGCAGUGAGAGUACAGCGUGGCGGAUACUGCCACGGGAUACGCACACAUCCAAAUACACUUGGCUUCACAUGUUGUAAUUUAAUGAUGACAUCAGUUGAGGGAGGAACUGGAUUGAAAAUUAUCUAAUAUUUCCUCGCAGAGUGAAAUUGUGAUCUAAGCAGGUUUUAGUCACGACCAAACAUGGCAGUGUGAGGCCAUUGCUGUGGAACUUUGCCAUUGGUUGUGUUUGUACUGAGGAAUGAGAACAUUGCUAAGCUACUUAAGGCUGGGAGCAUGAGGUGGUUGUUUCCUUGGUGUUUUAUUUGACCAAAGAGACUAGCUUCUAGUCUGAA